AUGGGCGUCUCAUUCCAGCCGUGGGUCAUUGAGUCAAGGCUUGCUGCUCGGAUAUGGUCUCGGGAGUCUACAACUAGAACUCAAUGUCUUCAACCGGAGCAAACAACCGCAUAUUCCAAUGCGACCAUAGAGAGCAGGCUAAACAUUGUUGCCCACAGCGCGAAGGAGAUUGGGGACCAUCAUCUACAACAACGCAUACUCCAAUACCUCGUUCAUGGCGCCUCCAGCCCUGAAGGACGCCUCACUGUACUGCAAGAUUUGGCUCAACUUUGUCAGAAAGAUAUGCAAGAUCUUACCAGUUAUCUUCAAUGUUUAGUCGAUGAAUAUCCUCCCCACCGCAGCCACGACUUUGCCGAUGUGAACAAGAAAUCCCUAACGCUCCAGCGCCUCUUUGAGUUCGACAACACCUUUCCCUCACGCUUUGACUACGACUUCGAAGCGCGACAGCGUCUGAACAUUGAUUUCUUCGACAUCCCAUCGCUAGCUCGGUUGAGAAUUUUAGUACGGUAUAACCUGCUCAAGAGUAUGGGCCGCAAUAUAGAAGCCGACCUGGCAACGGUACGACUGCGCCAUACUGAAGAACAUGUUCCACGGCAUAUGUUACCUUAUAUGUGUAGCAAUUUUACCACGUGUACCGGAUGUGCAGACUGUGGUGGCUUAGGAAAAGAGCCAUCCCCGGUUGGAGGGAUGAACCCUCCAACUUCUGGACCCUCUUCAGCUACACCACCGCUCGGCCCGGCCCCACACCAAACAUACCAAACACAUCGAGCCCUUGAGCAUGAGCGCCAUGAAUCCCAUCUUGGCAACGAUGAUGUAGUGAGAAAUGUGGAAAAGAUGAUGAAGAAAUAA